UCGGUGGCCCACCAUACCGACGGCGACCGCCGCACCCGGAGGACUUACUAACUUUCUCCAAUAAUACUGUUACAAACAUGAAGCAAAUUCUACUGUGCCUGUGUGCAUUGACUGCGCUGGCGUCGUGUGCUGCACAAUAUUACAAUCGCUAUGAAAACGUUAACGCCGAUGUUAUAAUCCAGAACGACAGGAUAUUACUUGCAUAUUACAAAUGUGUGAUGGACAAAGGACCCUGCAAUAAGGAUGGCAAGAAUUUUAAAAAGGUACUGCCUGAGACGCUGUCGACAGCCUGUGGGCGGUGUAACCCUGUCCAGAAGAUUGUAGUUCGUAAGCUACUAAAUGGUAUCAGGGCAAAGAGCGAGGCCCGUUUUCUUGAUCUUCUCGAUAAAUAUGAUCCAAAACGUACUAACAGAGAUGCGUUAUACGACUUUUUGACUACUGGUCCUAAAAUGUUACUUUUUAUAGUAUUAUGUGUAACUGGAGCUGUAUUAGCUCAGGAGAAAUAUGAGUCGAUUGAUGAUAAUUUUAAUUUAUCUGAAGUAUUGGGCAAUGAAAGACUUUUAUCGGCUUACUCCCGUUGUUUAUUAAACAAAGGACCAUGUACUCCAGAAAUAAAAAAACUAAAAGAAAAAAUACCAGAAAUCUUGGAGACCAGAUGUGCCAAAUGUACUGAAAAGCAGAAGAAGUUGGGUAAGCAGUUAAUACAGGAAGUGAGAAAGACGCACCCUGAUAUUUGGAAAGAAUUUGUCCACAAAUAUGAUCCCAGUGGUAAAUACCAAGAGGCGUUUCAAGACUUUUUAAAGUCAUAAAGUAUGUAAAAAUAUAUACUUUACACGAUACCAUACAAUAUAUACAUUUAUAUAAACUUUAAAGCAAAAUAAUAGGAUAGGUA